AUGUGGAGAAGACACGUCUCCUCUCAUCUCAAAACCCUAGCCGCCGAUAUCGCCGCCGCUUCUCCUCGCCGAUCGAUCUCAACCACCGUUAGACCGGUUCGCUUCUAUCUCUCCACUCCCGCUUCUUCUUCCAUCAUCCCUCGUCGUUUCAGCUCCGAAUCAGUGGAGACGGUUGGGAAGAAGAAGGUGGAGGAUGUGAUGCCUAUUGCAACUGGACAUGAGAAGGAGGAGCUUCAAGCUGAGCUUGAGGGGAGGAGGCUGCUUGACAUUGACUUCCCUGAAGGUCCUUUUGGAACUAAGGAAGCUCCUGCAAUUGUAAAGUCCUACUAUGACAAGCGAAUUGUGGGAUGCCCUGGUGGUGAAGGCGAGGAUGAACACGAUGUUGUGUGGUUCUGGCUGGAGAAAGGAAAGUCUUUUGAGUGCCCGGUCUGCACUCAGUACUUUGAGCUGGAAGUGGUAGGUCCUGGUGGGCCUCCCGAUGGUCACGGUGAUGAAGACGAUGAGCACCACCACCACUGA